AUGGCCACCUCGAUUCUCUACACUCAACAUCAGAUAAAUCGAAGUAAAGAAGCGACUGCAGCGAGGUCAAUGUGUCGAGGAGUGCGCGUCGAGGAUGAAUUCACCUGGUUGUGCGGUUUUUGGAUGCGAAAUCGAUCGAUCGUGAUCACGUUGGCCUCGUUGCAAUUUGUGGUUGCUUGUUUUGCUUUCUCGCAACACAUUUAUUCUGUAGCUAGUUUUAGAAAAAUUUUCGCUUGUAAUUUCAAUCAAACAAUAAUGGCAAACGCAUCAUUUCUCAGCUAUGAUAUCAUCAUUUUCGAUUUUGGUCUUUUCCACGAGUUGAUCCAAGUUCAAGAAUGUAUUGCAAAUUAUCUUGAUGGUGGAUACAUGCGGUGUUUAUGGUGUCUCGGACAAGCCGCCGCUCUCCUUCUUGCUCUUCUUGUUUGCCUAUGUGUUCGAAACGCUCAUCCGCUUUCCCUGUGGCCAUUGUUGAUCAUGCAGAACGCGUACUGUUUCGGUUUAGUGAUUUUAACGAUUGCAACAGCCGACAAGCUGCUUGUCUCGAUUUUGCAUCCGAUAAAUCCCCGUCUGAAUCUUUUAAUUCUCUACUAUGGAACGGGCACCGGUUUAAAUCAUCUUUUUUGCUAUAUUCUUUGGCAUUACUAUUGGUUUGAGGAGUAUCAAUUCACUGCUCGAACUGGAAAACAUGUGAUCCCGUUUUGGGUU